CUGUUCCAGCGUUCAUUCGAAACAAAAUUUCAGCUGAGCAGAUCCGGCUUGUCCCUUUUCACGCCAUGACACGCAAAAAACCUCGCUCAAUCAGGGUUCCUUUCUCCAGAAGGACAGUUGUGAAAAAGGACUCAAAACCGUCAAUUCGAAAUUAUCUGAGCAGGACGUUGAUUAUUUCGAUAUUGGUUUCGUAUCUCGGACAUUUUCAGUAUGGCUACUCUGUCUUGCUGGUGCAUCACCCAGCUUCGCUCCUUGUCUCCAACUUGACAACGGAGGAAGCGAAGAGCUUGAAAAAUUUCUGGUUCAUCUUAUCGCCCGUGGUCAUAUUCUUCCCGAUAGGAGGGGUGACUGGCAUUGUGCUGUUCGCAAACCUGGUGGACAGAUACGGCAGAAAAUGUCUCCUGCUGUUUAAUAACACCUUGGCCUUCUUCGCCUCAGUUUUUCUCUGCCUUUCCAAUAGCGUCCAUCUUUUCAAUUUCACCCUGUUCGCCAAUUUUAUCAUUGGGAUGUCUUCAGGGAUCUUCUCCUGCUGUGUUCCGCUGUACCUCUUAGAGGUCUCUCCCACCCCCAUAAGAGGGUCGAUGACUACAACCUCGGCCCUCUUCUUCAGCCUUGGCGCAUUGUUAUGCCAUAUGCUAGGACUUCCGAAGAUUUUGGGGAACAGAGAAGGUUUCCCGUUAAUGGCUAUUGUAGUAGGUAUGGUUGCUACCGUUUGCAUUUUGCUCCUCCUGUUCUGUCCGGAAAGUCCUCGCUUCAUUUUAAUCCAGAAGAAAAACGAAACCAAAGCAAGAGAAGUUUUAAGAAGCUUGAGGACUCACGAGGACGUGGGUAAUGAGAUCCGGGAACUCCAGGAAGAAGAUUUUUACGAAGUCAUGGCCAACGAGAAAAAGAUGAAUCUGAGGAAAUUUUUACGUAUUCAGAAAUUCCGCUGGCCUAUAGUCACCAUCAUCGUGUUGAUGGCCGGAAGUCAGCUUUCUGGCAUCAAUGGGAUGUUCUUUUACAUCGAGAAAGUCUACAGGAUCACGGGCAUAUCCAGGCCUAUCGCUGACGUCAUUUCUACAAGCAUCCAUUUCAUCAUCAUCAUUACCGUUGUCGUCACAAUCAACUUGGUUGAAAUGUGGGGCCGCCGCGUUCCUCUAAUCAUGGGUUUUAUGAUCUGUAGCAUGACCUGCAUCCUUCUAACCUUCACGCUGGAAUUCCAGGAAGAAAGCUACGAAUUGUCUUUCCUAAGCCUGGUUUUCAUUAUUAUCUUUUUAAUCGGACAUAUGCUAGGACCAGGUCCGAUCCGUUUGGUCAUUCUGGGAGAGCUUUUCCUGCAGUCGACCCGUGCCUCGGCUUUUACCAUAGGAUACUCCGCCCUGUGGUUUGUUCGCUUCGUCUCUGGGAUGAUCCUGAUCCAGCUGGAGUUACUCCUGGGCCCUUACUCUCUGCUACUCUACUGGCCCUUCUGCGUGGCCACCUUUAUCUAUCUUUUCAAGAUGCUCCCCGAAACUAGGGGCAAAACGUUUGUGGAGAUCCAAUUUGCCAAAAGAGGAGAAGUUUGAAACCAAAGAACGCAGCGGAAUCGAUUGAAAAGAAACGAUGGCUGGUUGACAAACAGCGGCCCGCGGGAUGCUUUGUUGCGGCUUUUCCGUGUGUGUCGUCCGCUGUUAGUUUAUUUUUUUGAGGGGUGUGUGUGUGUGGAGAAAUUACUUGUAGAUCUCUUUUUUUUCCCCUGGAUCUCAGCUCUUCCGUUCCACCAGCAUACGCAAACCAAGAAUUUGGCACUAUAUAUUGUACGCUUCUUCCUUCUGCAGAUUUUUCUGCGAUUACCCGCCCGAACUCAAAUAGAUCUCUGUGGACGAUCAGUCCUGCGCAUCGGGACACUGCUCGAUGUGCCUCGGGCACUUUCACAAAAUGGCUCCCAGGGAGGGGCGUGGCCGGGAGAAGAGCCACACCUUAUUUGUGCAAACGUCCCUUAAUUUCACUUUGUUUACAAGGCUCACUUUGGAAGCCUCAGGACUGCUAGCAAUAAAGAUACUGGGACCAUA